GUGAUACGACAUCUGCAUUUUACAGGAGGGGUAAAACAGCAGUUUUCAAAAUGUUUGAAAAACAAGAUUUAAUUCAAUGUGCUGAAGUUUUUAAAAAGAGUAAUUCAACUCAACAAGAAGUUAUUACCAACGGCAUCCGCUUUCUUCUUUCUAUGUACGGAGCUCCUAAAAAAACUACCUGUUUAGAUAAGCAUCGAUAUGCAUGUUUCGUUAAAAAUACUAAAAAUAAAAAACAAGUUCAAUUAGCUUGUCUUCCUCCAACCUCAGUUGCUGCUCACCAACAUCUUUUUCGAGUAUAUUACCAAGUUCAAGUGUGGCUUGGUUAUCAGCUAGACCCUACAGACUGGGGUUGGAAGUUGGUCAACAAUAUAUUAGAGCCAGUUCAAACUUUACUUCCACCUGCGCCGGAAAAACUGCUGAACACUAUUUUUUGCAACUGCAAAAAGGGAUGCAGUGCUAAAUGUGGUUGCAAAAAAGUCGGACUGUCUUAUUCUUUGGCAUGCACAAAUUGUCAAGGCCGGUCGUGCUCUAAUAUUGAAUCACAAACAAUGGAGGAUUCGUUUGACUCCGACGAAGUAUCAUGCGAUACAUCGCUAUUGACGCAAUUUACUUGCAUCCAAAAUGAAGAUGAAGAAGAAGCAGGAGAAGAAGAACAAGAAUUUGAAACUUACGAAUAAGACGAAUAAACUUCAACACUUUUUUUUUCAUUUACAUCGCUUUUAUCUUUCCCAAUCUUUGAAAAUUUCCGUUAUUUUGCAAUAGUUUUACAUUAAACAGGAUCACAACUGACCCGUGGAGUAGGCCUACUGGGGAAACCACGUUAAAAAAAACGCGCUAAGUACACUACCUCAUAGGUGGCGUGGAAACGUGUGCAUAUUAUGACGAUAACAACUUUUAUAACUUUUUGAAUCGUUAUAUCUCAGAAACGGUGGCUCGUAAGAAAAAAAGUAUUGAUACAUUUUUUAUAGAUAAUUUUAUGAUCUACAAUUUUUGUCUGAGGGGAAUGAUGGGGAACUUCUAGACAUUGUUUAUAAUUAUGUUUUGAACAACUUCACAGAAAUUCAGCUUGUUGGGAC